GAGCAGCUGUCGUGGGACACGCGCUCGACUGCCUACUCGGGGAUCGGGGCACCAGAGGUCGCUAUCAACUGUAUAUGCCAGGCCCUUGGGCGCAAGAAGAAGAAGAUCAUUCACCCACCUCGGUUUUUGUAUGCCAUAGAGUGGGACGAGGAUGCGCAGAAGGAGUUACAGAUCCUCCUAGCGCCGACUGGAGGCUGUCUGUUCGGAGACAUCACGCAAUUCUUCAUCCCAGAACUGCAGGACCAGGUCUUGAGGCCCGCGAUCCGCAAUGGCGGCGCGGUGACCAGCAAGGGGUGGUGCCUCGUCCACAAGAAGUACUGCUAUUUGAAACCUGCGAGACACCACACGGCUGGGACGAGCUGCACGGCGUUCAGCAAACAGGGACCGCAGACAGGCAUCCACCAUUGGACGAUUGUUCCACUUCUCGCGUGGAUCGGCCUCAGAUUGCUACUGCAGGAGGCGGAAGUGGAGCAGGAGAACGUAGAGGGGUUCGACCUAGCUAUACUAUCAGAAUUCCUGGGGGAUACCUACUGGAUAGACAGCGUCUUGCUAGACCCUCGCAUGUUCGGGUGGCCAUCGAUCCGGACGAGGAAAUGGACCAAGUUGACGCACAAGUACAAGGCGCUUCCGCAGAUAUCGCCGCUGUCACGUUUUUGUAAAAGGUUCUACAGGCUUGCUACGUAUUCAUGGAGGGAAUACUUUUUCCAACAUAUGUUCUAUGGGAUAGUGGAUUCAGCCGACCUGCACCGUGGAGCAAUCGACAACGAGCUGGAUACUGACUUGGCUUGGGCGCAGGCUCGCCCUUCCUCGUGCAUGAAAGGCGAAGCUGCAGUGAACGCACGCACGCCAGAUGCGUGGUUCAAAACCCUUUCCAUCUGGGAGAAGUCGAACUUGCUCGAUUACAUGAAGAACUACCCGAACGCCGCCUGGCAGAUCAACCAGGACGCCAACUCGCACACUACUGCGAGCACUUCCACGGACCUCCACACCCUCAUUCGGAACCACAUUAUCUUCGCUGACAGCAUCGGAUCGUAUCAGGCAGCUGGAGGCGAGACCGCCGAGUCGCCCCGGCGGUGGCUCAGCCCGACCGAGGCGCUGGUGUCGCAGGGCUUCCCGAUCCACCCAGUAUACCCACAACGAUCUCAGAGUGACGUGCUGUGCUCUUUCAACGUGCGUGCAGAGCGUAAGCAUCGGGUUGUGGCUGGCCAGGCGGGCAACACGAUGAACGUAUCGGUCGCUGGCGUGUUUGCCCUCGCUGGCUAUUGCAACUUAGCUUUUAGGGAGAAUGCGAUGUUGACUGCGAUUGCCAUGAGCAUGCACGUUCCUAAGCCGAUCAAGGAUACCAGGGACAAGGGCCAGGGCACUCACUCGUAA